AUGGAUAUUCACAGAGCACUCACCGCACUGUUCUCGAAUCAGGCACAACCUCUGCUCGGCUCACUUGGUUUCCCGUUUCAGGAUCUAACCGGAUUGGCUGCUGCAGCCGCUGCAGCAUCCCAAAAAAAUCUGGAGACGCCAUUGGGAAUUGUACCAUUUGAUUCGGCAGGUCUACCGACGUCAACGUCCGUGCUUUUGACACCGACCAAGAAGAUCAAAUUGGACGAUGAGAUUAUGUGUAGCAGUCCGGUUUCUAGCAGAUCUUCUACCGUUAGUAGUUCACAUUUCUCCAGCCCACAACGGUCACCAUCUAGGAAGGCGUCGUGUCCAAUACCAGAAGAGAAAAAGGACUCCGCCUACUUCGAACGUCGUCGAAAGAACAAUGACGCCGCGAAACGGUCCAGAGAUGCUCGUCGUCAGAAAGAGGAAGCGAUAGCGUCGAAAGCUCAAAAGCUAGAGCAAGAGAACCUUCAGCUACGUGGUCAAAUUCAACUUUUACAACAAGAAGCCGCCAAACUGCGAUUCCUUUUGUUCUCCAAACCAUCACCAACGAAUUCCGAAACGUCUUGUGCCGAUUCUACAGUAUCCCAUGAUUCGCAUGACUCACAUGAUGAGGAUUCGUCGCCGAAUGAUUCGAAAAAUGAGUCGACUAUUGAGAUUUGA